AUGGCGCCUGCCGGGACCCGUCCGGCCUCGAGAGAAGAAGCAGAUGCACACAUUGCUGCUAUCAGAGCAAAGUCCCUGCAGCACUCCACUGAUGUUGACGAUCCUGUCAUCAGCAGCCUGCAAAAUGCCCUUCUGAUACUUUCCCAACAAAAAUGUCCUGAACCGAUUCAGAUCUUGCGAGAGCUGAUCUACAACGCGGACGACAAUAACCACAGCCCGAAACCAUGCAGUAUAUCUUUUCACCUAGAGGAAAGAUCAGAUGAGCAACACAUAUUGCACGUGGAAUACAACGAAGAUGGCUUUUCUCUUGAAGAUGUCACGGCACUCUGCGCUCUUGGAAAGCCCCGCAACGGCACAAGAGUCCCCAGGAAAAGGAAGGCCAGAAAUGGGGAGAAGGGAGGCACAGGAUUCAAAUCGGUGUUCCACGUUGCGAACAUUGUGGAAAUUCACAGUGGUCACUUUCACUUCAAGUUUGACUGCAGUACAACUCUGGGGGCGCUUGUGCCCAUUAAUCUGGAGCCAAUGCGAACGAAUCAGGAAGGAGCCUACACGCGAAUCUCGUUGUACCUCGACAGCAAGACAAUUUACGACACUUUCCUCACCGAGCUCAAUUCAUUUGACAACAAGACUCUACUUCUACUAAAUUUCGACCGACUGACCAUCCAGACUGAGAGUCGUCAUACCCUGCACUCGACAACCUUUGGUUUGAAAGGGCCGCCAGGGCGGGUGAUCUCAAUCACCGAGCAGGAUUUCUUGACGGGGAAGCUAGAUACAUCACGCUACAUCUUUUUUGAUGAGAUAAUCGAGGUGAUCGAUACCAGAUUUGGAUUUGGAUUUCGCAAAAUUCAUCUGGUUGCUGCUUUCCCCUGGCUGGAAAAUCGACCCCUUGCCACUCCGCAGUCUACUUACACGUUUCUUCCCAUGGGUAGCUUUGGUUGGAAGUUCAUAAUACACGGCAAUUUCCUUCUUAAUCCGCACGAUGGCAGAUUCGAAAAUGGGAACAAAUGGAACAGCACAAUUAUCAGCCACAUACGUGAACUUGUGGUGCAAAGCAUCCAGACACUGGCAGAUACAGGCGUCCACCGAUAUUGGUACCGUUGGCUAGGUGGCGAUUUCGAGCACGGCGAGGUCUGGAACACCAUCCACGAUAACAUUCUGACGGGCUUGAAAGACUGA